AAGCAAAUUCAGAUUCAUAUGAUAGUAGUUCAGAUGAAAAAAUUUCUGUACGUUUAGAUAAACUUGAAAAAAAAAUAGCUACAUUAUCUGGUAUUAAUCAGAAAAAAAUUAUUGAAAAAUCUAAAAAAAUAUUUAAAAUUAUCAAUGAACAACUUAUUCAAAAUAAACAAAAAAUUGAUUUUUUACGAGAAGAAAAUUAUGAUCUGCAAGGACAA